GGAAAACAUGGUUAUUCAGCGAAGUUGGAAAAUUCCCACUGAUGUGGGGGGCUCCCUAAACAGCAACACAACACAAGCCAACGAAGUGCAGCUGCGCUCUUCUCCGGGCAUUCAGAUGCAGGCAGCCAACUCCUCCUCGGAUGACUCGGAUUGCUCCAACCAAACCACUCAUUCUAUGGACACACGCGUGGCCAGUCCAGUAGACGGCGUCAGAAAGCAGGCGGAUAAGGAUUCGGCUGCAGAAAGCAACACAAUCACGUUGUCGCUGUUGGGGGAGUCCACAUCUUCAGAGGCAGAGUGCUCGCAGAAAUAUGUAACCACUCCAGAAAUGGCAGAGAACAUGUUGCAACGCAUUCGCCAGCGACUCGGUGGCUCACACAACAUGGAAAGCGGCGGCAGUGCGGAGUCCGCCAUGAGAGCCCUAGAACUCCUAAGGAUCACUGUGCAGCAAGCCUUCGAUGCGGAGGUCAAUGAAAUAAUCAAACGAUACAUGCAAAACUACUUUAAGCCCGCCUUUGCCAACAUCAAGGAGAAUCUCGGCCAGCAUUCGGUAAACGAGGAAACGCUGCAGAAGAUGUCAUCGUGCGCUUUGCUGGAGAAUGCCAAGGCUCAGUACACGAACUUUGUGCGUCAGCAUCGCUUGGUGGCCGGAGCUACAGAACAGCAACGCUUGGCCCUUAAACGCACUGCCAAGCAGGAUAUCAACCCGAUCAAUAAGGUGUUUGCGGGAAACCCUGGCUUCGUGGCCUCCAAACCAAUGCCCUGCACUGCGACCACAGCCAACCAGUUGCCAUCCCAGAACCAACUGCCUGCAGCCCAGAUUUUGCCACUUCAACAGCCGGAGUUGCAGACAGUUCCGCCCCUACAGCAACAGCAGGAGCAAAGUCACGCACAAAACCCACAACAGCAGCAACAGCAGCAGCAGCAGCAGCAGCAGCAGCAGCACCGAUCGACGGUUACCCCUGUGGUGGGAGGCACUCUGCCCACUCCUGUGCGCCGCCAGAUAUUCUGGAACACUGCUCAGAUCUCAACCACCACCAAGUUCGUGCUGGAUGUGCAGGCCAAUCUGGCCUUUGGCUUCGGCACCGACGGCAAGGAGCGGUUGGCCAGCAAGCAUCCGGAACUGAUUCGCUACCUGCCGGAUGGCGGGGACAGGGAGUGGCUGGCCACGCGGGGCAUCAUUCCUGCCGAGAACCGCAGCUCGCGCUUUCUGUUCCUCAUCUACGAUGAAGUCUGCCGGCUGCAGCAGACCCACGAGCUGUACCGCCACAAAUCGAACAUCGAUCUCAGCAUGAUGCUCACCUUUAGCGUCACCGAAGCCAUGAUACACAAGAUGAGGCUGUUCUUCGUGGAUCUGAACAUCAAGAGCCGUGGGCUCAUAACCAACUCCUACAUAAUGCCUGGCCAGCAGCAGUCGGCAAGUGCCAACAACAGUCACCUGAGGAAUGCCCUGCUCCAGGGCGCUUCAACCCAGCAACAGCAGCAGCCACAACAGCAGGUAGCCACGCCGCCGGCUGAGGAGGCGGUGCUCAAGGACCUGCCAGCCGCAUCGCCCACUCCCUGCUUGCAGGGUCAGCUGGUGGGCAGCACGACGACGCCCCUGAAAACGAAGCUGGCGGCCAGUUCCACCCUCAGUUCCUCGCACGCCACACUCACGGCUUUGUUGAACAACGGAGGAGCUGUUGUGGCAACCCCGCCUGCCGGCAAUUCCGCUCCCGGCGCCGUUGGUAAAUUCAGAAAUUAAUAUAACAUAUUAUUUACAUAUAUUUAUUUUUCGAGAAUUGCGUUGAUCUUCUCCUACACGUAAAGUCUUACUCUGAUAAGCUUGUAACAUCCAACCGAACAACAACCUACUGAAAAACACCAAGAACGAAAUCAAUUUCAAAUAAAUACUUGAUUUUUAUUGAAACUCAA